GAUGCCAAUUCCGGACGGUCCUUGACCAACAACAACCGUGUCUGUGACCCUCUCUGGACUCAUUCUUCCUUCUCACCCUCCUUUCUUACCACCUUGUCCGGCCAAAGUUAUUUUUUCCCCCUCCUUCUUUCUUAAUACAACUUCUAGACACUGCGCGUGCAACCAUCAUGUUCUCAUUAGAUUGGAGGGGCCUCAUCCUCCCCAUCGCCUACGUGCUAGUCCUAGGCGGCACCUUCGUUACCUUCUCCAGCGUUUACAGGAAGCGCAAAGCUUCGCAAAAGGCAAACCUCGAGCCAUGGUUCGGCCCACACCUACAGCGAAACAUCUAUCUAUCGCUCCUCCAUAUGGAGCCUGAGGACGGCCAGGAGAAGGCCCCCAAAGUUCCCGAGAGCAUACUCCGCGCCGCUCUGAUCCGCCGCGCCGUCGAGGACAUCCACCGCAUCAUACAGAUCCGCACAGCGAAGCAGGCUUGCUCGAACCUGCUGGCAAAGGGUAGCGUCGGUGACGACCUGUGGCAGCGCUUCACGCGCGCCGAGAGCGAGAUGGAGGCUGAGCUGCGUGAUGUUGUGAUGGAGGCUAACGGCCUUGCACCUAACUGGGGACAAACCAUCUUCCAAACCGCCAACGAGAUCGCCGCCAACACCAUGUUCCACGACAAGAUUGACGAGAUCCAGUCCAAGACGCAAGCCGAGACCGAGUGGUGGGAGAAGCGCCGCGCAGCCAUCUCCUCGGAUUUCAUGAAGGAGCUCGAGCAGGAGGAUGCCGGUACGCCAGCCGAGAGGCCAACAUCAUCAAGCGGCGGGGGCAAGAAGAAGAAGGGGAAGAAAUAG